AUGGACCUAGACUCUGACGAAGGAGGACUCGAUUCCGGUGUCGGCAUCGGCAUCGGGCCCAACGGCACCAACAACGGCAAUGCCAACGCCAAUGGGGCGGCUCAUGACGGGAACCGCCGCCAUUCCCACUCACACCAUCAACAUGGCCUGGAUAACCAUGGCCACAACCAGAGACACAACAGCACUAGCUCUAUCAUCAGCGGCAAUGGAAACAUCACCGGCAACGGGACAACAGCCGUCAACGGCAACUCGACCAAGCAGAACAUCAACAACGGCAACCAGCAACUGGCUUCUCCGCCGCUGACCCAUCCGUCUGGCACCGAGAGCGGCGGCAGGCGUCGGCGCCACCGCGACAAGGAACGCGUCCGCGUCACCCGAGCCUGCGACAGGUGCAAGAAGCGCAAGAUCCGCUGCACGGGAAUCCAGCCGUGCGAGUUGUGCAUCCGCACCGAGUCCCACUGCACCUACAACGCGUCUUAUGCACGCGGUCGCCAGCCGCCCGUGGCCACUCGGGAGGAUGUCGCCCGAAUGGACCUCGACGGCCUCGACGUCUCCGUGUCUGUGCCGGCCGGAAACUCUGCCCAUUCCGCUGGCACUGGCGCUGGCGUUGCCGUCUCUGCCUCGUCUGCUGCGGCUGGCGAAGACGCCCUGAUGGCUUCCAUCGUCGUCGACGUCUCGGAGCCCGGUAUCGAUCCUGACCAUCACCAAGAGGAACAUGAAAGCAUCAUGAACGGUUCGAACCUGGUCAUUGGCAGCGUCGGCCCGGGCACCGCCGAGCCUCCCUCCCGGGCAUCUCCUGAGCCUACGCAAACUGACCUCCAGGGCCACUACGUUGGUCCAUCGUCCGGUGUUUCGUUCUUGCUGAGAGUUCAGAAGAGGCUGCACCAGGCCGUAUCCUUCUCACAAGCGUCUUCGAUAUUCACUUUUGGCGAUGCACCCCUUCCGGACUUUGACCCUAGCGGCGCGUUCUGCGUCCUCUUAUCCAAGGAUGAGGCCACGACGCUUCUCAAGAGAUACUUUGACUUUGCCGUGCCAACCCACCGCUUCUUACAUCGGCCCACCGUCGAAGGUUGGCUCGAAGACUUCUAUGCCACCAACGGUGCGAUGAAGAACCAGGAAGACGCACCGGCGCGCAGAGCACUCCUAUUUAUGGUGUUUGCUCAGGCCCAGGAGUACAUGGUCACCACUCACUCGCGUGAAAACGCCGAAGUCAGCGCACGAUACUUCUUGGCUGCAGAUCACCAGCUCUCCAAAGAGAGAGGCGCCGUACGCCUGACCAGCGUACAGGCUCGCUUAUGCCAGUGCUUCUGGCUGCUAUCACAGUCUCGCAUCAAUCACUGCUGGAGUCUAUUUGGCACGGCAGGGCACCUCGCCCUCGCCAUCGGCCUGAACCGAAAUCGGCAUGCAGACCCGGCAGGGGGUUAUACCAAUUACAUUGAGCUUGAGUGUCGGCGGCGUACCUUCUGGUGUGCGUACAGUCUAGAUAAUUAUCUCAGCGCGGCACUGGGUCGGCCUCGGACGUUCCAUGAUGAAGACAUCGACCAGGAGCUUCCGUCUUGCUCAGAGGACGGCGACUUGCAUGCGGAUCAUAUCACACCCCGCAUGGGUCGCGGUCAGUCACUCAUGCUGGCGCCCGUGGCCCAUGUGAAACUCUCACGGAUAGUGAGCAUGAUCUUACGAGAUCUCUACUCAAUACGUCCCUCAUCAUUUUCAAAUCGCUGUGCGCUAGCUGCCAAGUACUCGCAAAACCUGAAGCAUUGGAGGGCCGAGCUCUCACAAUUCCUAGACGAUGGCAUCAACAUGGCCCUCCUCAUCCCGAUAUUCCAACGCCAACGAAAUGUCUUGAACUUGGCGUACUGGCAUGCUAUGAUAUUAACACAUCGUCCCUUCCUGCUUAGCAACUUUGCAAGACUGCAGCGGAAUGGGAAGAGCCGCCGCCAUACUUCGAAUCACAAGGACCAAGCCGAUGACAGUGUGAAAGCCUGUCUGGAUGCUGCCAUGCAUGUGGUUGAUACUGUCAACGACCUUAUCCAGGCCGGCCAGCUGUUCCGCGCAUUUUGGUUCACUUCAUAUUUCGCCUUCUCCGCCGUCGUGGUAUUAUAUGUGUACACUAUUCAACAAAGAACGGCACCAGCAGAAACAUGGCAGUCUUACUUCAACGCCGCAUUCCGUUGCCAGAAGCAGCUCGCCACUCUGGCAGAUAACGAGUCACAGUUAGCUGCGCGGUACUGUCUCGUAUUGGAAGAGCUUCGAAUCGAGGCCUUGAGACAGACGGAACGGCUUCAAAGCCCUCCCAUCUUGAAUCAGAAUGGCGGCUCUAUCGCUCGCGCGACUGUGACUGAGGAGGUACAGAAUCAGCAUGAGCAACACCCUCUGGCUGGGCUCAACUUCCCAGACGUCACCCACGCGGACGACUUCGUCGGCUUCGACAUGGAUGCGAGUCCGAGCAGUUCUCUGGCAGACAUGACGAGCUGGGGUCAAUUUGAUUCCAUGGUCACCUCCGGCUUUGGUGGAUUGGAAGCUUUACUCAAUGACGACUCUUUACGAUUUUGA